CCAGCAGAUUGGCGGUCCACUCCAGACUCCACCCCUCAUCUUCUUCUUUGAAGUUUGAAUCGCUCACCUCUCUCUCUCUCUCCAUUUCCUGGCGGCGGUGACUGGGGCGAUCGGCGUCGUACUUCGCCAGGUCUUCGUCGGGCCCUUCGCCGGCGACGAGAACCCCCAGUCCUGUGCCUCAGGCGAAAUCUAGGGUUCCGGGGACAGGAUGCAGAAGCUCACGGGGCUUAGGAGCCUUGAGGGGUUCCGAUCCCUCGUUGGGUCCACCUCAACGGCCAUGAAGGCCGCGAACCCCAAGCCCUCGUCGGAUGCUGGAGGCAGUUCGUACGGGAGCUUCGCCAACCUUAAGAUCACAGCAGAGAAAUUGGUCAAGGAGCAGGCUUCAGUGAAGACUGAUCUGGAAAUGGCGCAUACCAAACUGAGAAGAGCAACAGAACAGAUAAAUCUUUUAGAGGGAAAACUUCAACAAGCUGUGAAUGAAAAUGCAAAGCUUAAGGUGAAGCAGAAUGAAGAUUCAAAGCUCUGGCAGGGUUUAGAUUCGAAAAUCUCCUCAACAAAGACCUUGUGUGAUCAAUUGACUGAAACUCUGCAGCAGCUAGCUAGUCAGACAGAACAAGCUGAGGAAGACAAGAAGUUUUUCGAGGAGAUGCUCGGGAGGAAUUCCAAAGCUCUGGAUGAAUUUAACUGCCUGUUGCAUGAUUUAUCAACAAAAUUGGAGUGUGCAGAACAAAAGAUCAUUGCAGGGAAACAGGAGAUGUUGCAGAUCAAACAAGAAAAAGAAGAAAUGGAGCGAAGUCACAAGGAACAACUGUAUUCAAAUGAUACUACGAUUAAGGAAAAAGAUUCCCUCAUCAAGCAGUUGGAGGGUUCAGUUGAUGAAAAUAAAUCCCGCUUGAUAUGUCUCAACUCCCGCUUGCAAUGCAUGGAGCAAGAGCUGAAGCAAAAGGAUGGUGUUUGCAUCAGCCUGAAAGAAAACCUUGCAAGCAGUGAAAGUGAAAAGAACAACUUGGAGCUUAGGAAUCAGGGCUGUAUUCUUGAAAUUGAAAAACUAUGCAAGGACAACAAGGAUCUUAACGAAUUGCUUAGUGGCUUCAUGGCUAAAGUAACUGAGCUAGAUAAAGAGCAUGCCUCUAUGUCAAGUCAUGUGUCUAGGCUGCUUUGUUCAUUUGAAAGGUUCUAUGAAAUGGCCCAAGAGGAGAAAAUGCUAAUAGCAAGAUCUUCUAAGGACAAAUUUGAACAUCUCCAAAGGCAAUAUGUAGAUUUGUCAUCAGAAAACAAUGCUCUCAAGAUUGAAAUCGAAGAACUGAAGUCCAGAAUCAUAGAAUUGCAGAAAACUCAAGAAAUUGUUAUGGUUCAACAUGUUGAAGAAUGCCAAGUGGCUGAAGAUAAAAUCAGAAGAUUAGAGUCUGAAGCUGAAACUUCUGCCUCCAACAUCAGUCUGUUAGAAACGUUAGCUUCUGAACUUCAAGGUAGAGUUCAAAAGUUACUGGAAGAUUCUACCCUUGCUGAAAAUCACAAGCAAGAGUUGCUUGAAAAGAUUUUGAAGCUAGAAUCAGAUAAUCAGGAGCUUCAAGGCCAACUGCAGUCAAUUAUGGAAGAGAAAUCUAACAAUGAUGAAUCUCUCCAAGGAGAGAUAUCUAAGCGUGACCAGCAGGUUGACACACUUGAGAAUCAGAUCAACCAGCUCCGCUGCGUUCUGAAUGAGAAGGAGCAACUUUAUACUUGUUCUGUAGAGAGAGAGAAGACUUUGGAGGACCAGAAAUUACAGGUCGAAGCAUCACUUGCUGCAACAGAAUGCCAACUUAAUGAGGCAAAAAAACAGUAUGAUCUCAUGCUUGAAGGUAAACAGAUAGAGCUAUCCAAGCACUUGAAAGAGCUAUCUCUCAAAAAUGACCAGGCGAUCAAUGAAAUUCGUAAGAAGUAUGAACUUGAAAAGAUAGAAAUCACUAAUGCUGAAAAAGAAAAGGCAGAGAAGCUCGUAAGGGAAAUGGAAAACAAAUGUAAUGAAAAGCUAUCAGAGAACAAGCAAGAUUCCGAGAGGUAUUUGAUGCGUCUUAAGGAGGAACAUGGCGCAAUGGUGGCAAGAAUUCAGCAGGAUAAUGAGCAUAAAGAGUCAACUCUCCGGGCUUAUCACAAAGAAGAACUGCAGCGAAUUCAGUCUCAGGCUGAGAAUGAGCUGAGGGAGAGGCUGUCAUUGCUCAGAAAAGAGCAUGAACUUCAAAUAAAAUCACUAAGGAUGCAGCAUGAGGAAGAAUGCCAGAGGAUGCAGGAAGAACUGGAGCUUCAGAAGUCAAAGGAGGAGAAGCAAAGAACAUUAUUACAGUUACAGUGGAAAGUAAUGGGAGAAAAUCAACAAGUCGAUCAAGAAGUGAACUCUAAGAAGGAAUAUUCUGUUUCAUCGAUAAAGAGAAGAGAUCCAUAUGGAAGAAAAGAACAUGAGCUCCAGUUGGGAAGUCCUGAGACCAAACGGAAGGAUGUAAACUUAUCUGGGAUUCUACAAUCACCAAUUUCAAACAUGUUGAGAAAGGUAGAGAAAGGGUCUCAGGAUAUUCCUAAACACAGAAAGGUAACACACCAUGAAUAUGAAGUUGAGACAGCAAAUGGAAGAAUCACAAAGCGCAGAAAAACUAGGAGCACCGUCAUGAUUAGUGAACCGAACACUCAGAAGUCAUUGCAAAAUACUGCUGACAAGGAUGUUACAAAAAUACGAAAGGUUCCCACGGGAUCCCAUGCCCAUCCCGCAAACAUUGGCGAAUUAUUUUCUGAAGGCUCCUUGAAUCCAUAUGCUGACGACCCUUAUGCUUUUGACUAGAAGCUCACACCUGGAGAUACGAUCUUUACACGCACGAUGAUGAAAUCUUGAACACAAAAUCGCCUCCAUCAUGUUGAAUCAACGAUCCUGUGGUUUUCCCCUGGUCUUGGCAUCUGACCACCUAUUGUCGUAAGACUGAUUUUAGCUUGAUCUAUCUGGAACAUUGCUACUACAAUAAACAUCACAAUUGCGUGGCAUGUAGGUGUGGAUUUGUAAAUGAACCUAACAUGUGACGAACUUUGGACCAAUUGAAUAUCUUAGCAUCCACAUAUGUACCUUCCCUUCUAUAAAGUUUCUGGACGUGCCAGCGUGCGA